AUGUUCACUUUCCAAAAAUUUCCGGACACCCACCCAGGACAACCCGUCAGGCUGAUCCUCCCAGAGGGAUACAAGUUAUCCACUGUGGGGGCGACCAAAGGCGGCGACGUCAUCUUUGGGUUCAUCAACCACAAGGACUUCGCCGCCUCCGAGAAAGAAACCACAAGUCCUCAAGAGACACUCCCCACACCCAUACCACCACAGUCACCAGACCAGACAGGAUAUCCUUCCCCAUCCACACCCAGACGCUCCCCAUCACUAGUCUCUUCUCCAGAACCCACCAGUUUACAUUCAUCUCCCUCUUUACCAGCCUCUUCUCCCCCAGAAUCUAUCAGCUUUGCUUCAUCUGCCCCAUCCACAGCAAUAUUCCCCCUGCAGGAUAUCCACUCACCUCCCCAAUCUUCCUCCCCCCAACGCACGGUAAUCUUCCCACUCCCUAAUGUCGAUGCGCCUUCACACUCUCCUCCACCCGUACCAUCUCAGACCCCGAUAUCUACAGAAACCUCUCAAUCUACAACAGGCCAUGAAUACAGAAUCAGAUUGUCAUCCUUAACGAGAGAGACACAGCAGUCACUCCCCACAUCCAUAUCUGUACAGUCACCGUUCGAGGAUCAGAAAGAACAUCCUUCCCCAUCCAUACACAGACGCUCUCCAUCACCAGCCUUUUCUCCUCCAGAAUCCGCCACCUUCCCUUCAUCUAUCCCAUUACCAACGUCUUCUCCUUUAGAAUCUACCAGUUUACAUUCAUCUGUCUCACUACCAGCUGCUUCUCCCCCAGAAUCCAUCAGUUUCCCCCCAUCAACAGCAAUAUUCCCCCUGCAGGAUGCCCAUUCACCCCUCCAGUCUUCCUCCCCUAAUCGCACAGCAAUCUUCCCCCUCCCUAAAGUCGAUGCGCCUUCAGUAUCUCAGCCACCCGAACCAUCUCAGACCUCGACACCCACAGAAACCUCUACUCAGUACCUCUACACCCACAGAAACUUCUCCUCAACCUACAACAGGCCAAGAAUACAGAACCAGAUGGUCAUCCUUAGUGAGAGAGUCACUCACCACCAAGCUAUCAUCUUUAAGAAGCAGUGUCUUCAGCACAGCGGAACAACACUCUCGCCCUAUCCUGCUUGUCGUCAUGCUCAUACUGUUGCGGGACAACCCGUCAGGCUGAUCCUCCCAGAGGGAUACAAGUUAUCCACUGUGGGGGCGACCAAAGGCGGCGACGUCAUCUUUGGGUUCAUCAACCACAAGGACUUCGCCGCCUCCGAGAAAGAAACCACAAGUCCUCAAGAGACACUCCCCACACCCAUACCACCACAGUCACCAGACCAGACAGGAUAUCCUUCCCCAUCCACACCCAGACGCUCCCCAUCACUAGUCUCUUCUCCAGAACCCACCAGUUUACAUUCAUCUCCCUCUUUACCAGCCUCUUCUCCCCCAGAAUCUAUCAGCUUUGCUUCAUCUGCCCCAUCCACAGCAAUAUUCCCCCUGCAGGAUAUCCACUCACCUCCCCAAUCUUCCUCCCCCAAACGCACGGUAAUCUUCCCACUCCCUAAUGUCGAUGCGCCUUCACACUCUCCUCCACCCGUACCAUCUCAGACCCCGAUAUCUACAGAAACCUCUCAAUCUACAACAGGCCAUGAAUACAGAAUCAGAUUGUCAUCCUUAACGAGAGAGACACAGCAGUCACUCCCCACAUCCAUAUCUGUACAGUCACCGUUCGAGGAUCAGAAAGAACAUCCUUCCCCAUCCAUACACAGACGCUCUCCAUCACCAGCCUUUUCUCCUCCAGAAUCCGCCACCUUCCCUUCAUCUAUCCCAUUACCAACCUCUUCUCCUUUAGAAUCUACCAGUUUACAUUCAUCUGUCUCACUACCAGCUGCUUCUCCCCCAGAAUCCAUCAGUUUCCCCCCAUCAACAGCAAUAUUCCCCCUGCAGGAUGCUCAUUCACCUCUCCAGUCUUCCUCCCCUAAUCGCACGGCAAUCUUCCCACUCCCUAAAGUCGAUGCGCCUUCAGUAUCUCCACUAUCCGUACCAUCUCAGACCUCGAUACCCACAGAAACCUCUACUCAGUCUACAACAGGACAAAAAUACAGAAUCAGAUGGUCAUCCUUAGCGAGAGACAGACAACAUUCACUCCCCACAUCCAUAUCUGUACAGUCACCGUUCAAGGAUCAGAAAGAAUCUCCUUCCUCAUCCAUACCCACACACUCUCCAUCGCCAGACUUUUCUUCCCCAGAAUCCAUCAGCUUCCCUUCAUCUGCCCCAUCAACAGCAAAAUUCCCACUGCAGGAUGGCCACUCACUUCUCCAGUCUUCCUCCUUUCAAGGCACGGCAAUCUUCCCACUCCCUAAAGUCGAUGCGCCUUCAGUAACUCAGCCACCCGUACCAUCUCAGACCUCUACAUCCACAGAAACCUCUCUUCAACCUACAACAGGCCAAGAAUACAGAACCAGAUGGUCAUCCUUGGCACACCCAUCAUAUCCCGCCAACGGCAUUCCUAAGAAGCCGCCACCCAGCCCGUUCACCCAUCAUAGGCCACCAACGGCAUUCCUUAGAAGCCGCCACCCAGCCCAUUCACCCAUCAUAGGCAACCAACGGCAUUCCUUAGAAGCCGCCACCCAGCCCAUUCACCCAUCAUAG